AUGUGGAAAGAGUUUUUGUUCUUUGUUAAUGCAGGAGAUGAGGAGUGGAAGAUGAUAAACGAAGGUGGUUAUCACUAUGAUGACAUAGCCUUUCACAAGGGCAAGCUCUAUGCGGUGACACGGUCUGAAGAGCAUGCUGAAGUGAUGGUAGCGGCGUAUGAUCUCAUCACGAUGGAUUCAACUCCCCAUGAUGUGAGCUCCGCAGACAUCAUUUGGGUUUUGCAUGCUCAACGUUAUAUUAACAUACGGGACUUUUGGAAAGUAAAAAAAGCAGAAUAUUAUAUUAACAUUGUGGAGGUUUUGAAAGUCGAUACAGGGGAAGGCGUUAUCAUCAAAAUGAAUAAUUUGGGGAAGUAUACUCUUCUCUUGAGCGCAGCUUCUUCUCUUUGCAUUGAUACUUCUUCAUUGCCGGAUUUGAGGUCGAACUACAUUUAUGUCUCGAAUGACUUGUGUGAGAUUGGCUACCGUGAUAACUUGGUUUACAACAUGGAGGACGAAAGCUUCACCUCCUUGAGUUUGCCUUCGUUAUCAUCUCCAAGGAGGCGGCGGUCAGUAUUAUCAUCUACAAAGCUGCAGCGACCAGUCCUAGUUUGGUUUGCACCCAGUAUUGCGUUGCAUGUUGAUCCAAUGUAA